AUGUUUCGCCAACCGUUCGUUCCAGCGCGCAAUUCGCGGCACAGGAUCGCCGCAUUGGCAUUAUACCGCGCCUUAAUAAAGACGGGAAAGAAAGUCCCGUUGCCCAAAGACCUCCAGCAUCCCGGCCCGACGCAUCCAAUAGCCCACAUUGUGAGGAAGCGAUUCGUGAAAAAUAAGCCACUUGCCAGUUUGAGGCUCGUGUAUAAUUCUAUGGCUUCGGGAUAUAAAUUCCUCACAUUAUUGACAAGAGGCCAAACGACCGACAACUUCGAACACGCCCAGAUCACCCAAUUCCUACGACAACGAAACGAAGCAUCAGCUCUAUCCCGCUCCAGAGCCCCUCCUCCCUCGACACGAAGACAAAACCCUCCGCUUUUGACCAAAGUCUCCCCUCCUGAUGCGCCACCAGAAUACAAACCUACAGUCCGACCCCUCCCCAAAACCGCCUUUGUAGGCGAGCGCAAAGUUCCCACAGUCGCCAACACGAGCGGAGGCCAAGUAUUUCUACGGAUUAAGAAACCACAACCUAGGGUUCUGUCAAGAGCCGUCGGCAGGAGGUCCAAUCUAUUUAGAAAGGACUUGUUGGCACUUUUAGACAUCGAGGAGGAAAACCUUGGUUCCGCUGAUGAAGAGGAUCGGUGGGAAUCCCUCAUGAACAAGCAGCUGGCUGCCGAAGGGUUCCAGGACAAGGCCAUUAGCGACGGCACGUUAGGGUCUUACCGCUGGAGUGAGCAGUUGUCAAAAUCAUGGAUCGAAUCACAGCUUGACAGACGUUGGUCAGACUGGGUUGCCCGUGGCAAGGCAGUCAACGAGCUUGUUCAGCAAGAAAAGGCCUUGGCGAAGGCGGAGGAACGAAUCCCACGUCCAUCACCUGAUGAUACCGAAGCUGCAACUGCUGCGAGAGAAACUCUCGACAAGAUUCUAGAGGAGGCUCGGCAGAAGGAGGCGGCACGGAAUGAGGAAACAGAGACAAAGCCCUUCCAGGACCCGUUCAUGGCUCCCCUGUGGGUGGAAAGGGUCCAGGAGCUUGAGAAACAGCAGAUGUUCCAAGGCCAAUUUGGAGGCAAGCCUAGAAAGGGUGGAAAGAAGCCGGAUGAAAAUUUCGCGAGCAAGUUUCCCCUCGACGCGUUCGCGGCCAUAAAGGCGUCUCGGAGGUAA